AUGAAAGAAGCAGUGGCGGAAGAACCCAUCAAUCCCACAGUCAAGAAUAUACAGAUACUGAUUGUCUCCCUUAUCGAUUCCAUUUCUCGUGUUCAAAUCUUCAAGGGAAAAUGGUCGCAGAUCAGGACCAAAUUAACAUCUUUGGAAACCCAUCUUUUGAAAUUUUCAUCAGCCGCCGGCGACGUAAACCCGCUUUCAGUGGACCUUUUUCACUCCCUCUCCGCUACCUGCUCGGUGGCGGUCUCUCUUGCCGACCUCUGCCACUCGCUGACACCGCCGGGCGGCAAGCUUAAAACCCAAAACGAUGUUGAUUCCAUUUCCGCAAAACUCGAUAAUCACAUCAACGACCUCGUGGUGCUUAACAAAAGCCUGGUUUUCGCCGAAAGUGCCGCCGUUUCAUUUCAGGCAACUGUAUCGAAUGUUUCACCAUCCAGAAAACGGGAGUCGGUCCGGGCUGAGUCCCGGAAUUUGAUAACUCGUCUUCAGAUCGGGUCAGCUGAGUCCAAAAUCUCUGCCCUUGACUCGCUCCUCGGACUAUUACAGGAAGAUGAUAAGAAUGUACUAAUUGCGGUGGCCCAGGGAAUCGUUCCUGUACUCGUGCGUUUACUGGAUUCCAGUUCUUCAGAAAUUAAGGAAAGAACAGUCGCUGGCAUUGCCAAAAUUUCCGCGGUCGAUUCGAGCAAGCAUGUUUUACUUGCUGAAGGAUUAGUAUUGCUUAAUCAUUUGCUCCGGGUGCUUGAAUCAGGAAGUAUUUUCGGGAAAGAGAAGUCUUGCAUUGCCCUUCAAGCUUUGAGUCAUUCGAAGGAAAAUGCAAGGGCAAUUGGGUCCAGAGGAGGAAUUACAUCUCUACUAGAAAUUUGUCAAUCUGGGACGCCGAAUUCUCAGGCUAUGUCAGCCGGAGUGUUGCGUAAUUUAGCUGUUUUUCCAGAAGUUAAAGAGCAUUUUAUGGAAGAAGAUGCAGUGGUGACGCUAUUAGCACUGUCUAAUUCGGGUACUGCAUUGGCACAGGAAAAUUCAAUUGGGUGUUUGUGUAAUUUAAUUUCGGGAGAUGAUGACUUGAAGCUGUUUCUUGCCAGAGAAGGUGGAAUUGAGUGUGUGAAAAAUUUGUGGGACUCUGCUCCCACUCCUCGCAAUCUUGAGGUUGUUGUUCAGAUGGUAUCAAUAUUGGCCUCGAGUCCAUUAAUCAGUGAGGUCCUUGUCGCAAAUGGCUUUCUGAAUCAUGUAGUUGGGGUGUUGAACUGUGGGGUUUUAGGAGUGAGAAUUGCAGCUGCAAAUGCACUGUAUGAUUUGGCUUACAGUAUCAAAACACAGAAAGAAUUGGGAAAAAUGGGAUGCAUUUCGCUUUUGUCAAGAAUGUUAGAUGGUAAGGCGAUUGAGGAGAAAGAGGCUGCAGCAAAAACACUGUCGAAACUUAUGAGUUAUGCUGGGAAUAGGAGAAUAUUUAGAAAGGAGGAAAAGGGGAUCACGAGUGCAGUUAAACUCUUGGAUCCUUUGGUGCUAAAUUUGGACAAGAAGUAUUCUAUUUGGAUUUUAACAUCAAUAGUCCAUUCUAAGAAAUCCCGGAAGCAAAUGGUGGCUACUGGAGCUUGUGCUUAUCUGCAGAAACUAGUCGAGAUGAAUGUUGAUGGUGCUAAGAAGCUUUACGAUAGUCUUGGCCGCGGCAAGCUGUGGGGAGUCUUUGCCAGGCCUUGA